CUGCUGAACAGAUAACAUUCAGCAUGCUCUUAAAUCUGUUGUUGAUCUCGACAAUCAUGCUGAGUGCUUCGGCCUCACAUUUACUUGAUGAUGAGUGGAACGUGUGGAAGUCUAAAUAUGAGAAGAAAUAUGCCGGCUUGGAAGAUGAGUUAUUUCGAAGGAAAGUCUGGGAGGUCAACUGGGAUAAGGUCACAAAGCACAAUCAAUUGGCUGACCAAGGACUCAAAAAAUAUACGAUGGCAAUGAAUCACUUUGCUGAUAUGACCAUAGAAGAAAUUAAUUCAAGGAACUGCCUUUUGACUACAAAUUAUCAUUCAAUGCCCAAAUCUAUUCCCAAGUACAAUGUGAAAAAUGCUAAAAUGACUAAAGCAGUUGACUGGAGGGAUUCUAACUGUGUCAGUCCAGUUAAAGAUCAAGGAUAUUGUGGAUCCUGUUGGGCAUUUGCAACGGUUGGUGUUAUUGAAGCACUUCAUUGCCUUGCGGGUAACGAACUUUCUAAUUUGAGCGAGCAACAACUUGUGGACUGUGAUCACUUAGAUAGCGGAUGCUGUGGGGGGUUUCCAGUACUUGCUAUGGAUUACAUUGCACACCGUGGAAUCAUGAAGACUGAGGACUAUGAGUAUGAAGCAAAGCAAUCUACCUGCCAAUAUGAUUCCGACAAUGCAAUACGACUGAAUGUUUCCAAGUACUACAUUUUGCCUGAUGAAGAAAACAUGGCAUCUUCUGUUGCUAAGGAUGGACCAAUUACUGUUGGGUUUGCUGUGGCUGAAGACUUUAUGUUCUACAGUAAAGGAAUAUUUGAUGGGGAAUGUGCACCAAGCCCAAAUCAUGCAAUAAUUGUUGUGGGGUAUGGCACCUUGCAUUGUGAGGAUGGAGAAGAUGAUGGUGAGGACUACUGGAUAAUAAAAAAUAGCUGGGGCGAGCAUUGGGGAGAAGAAGGAUUUGGAAAAAUACAGCGCAACAAAGACAUGUGUGGCAUUUCAGAAUUUGCAGCUUCUAUGGAGUUGAAAGCAUGAUUCCCUUGAUGUCCAUUGUCCAGAUUUUCCAUUUUCCUACUUUUACUAUCAUUCUUAAACAGCAUAUAUUUUAUUAUAUAUUUGGAACUGUAGAUUCAGUCUACAGUCUUCUUCCUGUCACUAUAUUAUGUUUUUCAAAAGCAUUACUAUGUGCACUGUAUUCAUAUCACUAUUUUAAAGGAUAGGAAAAUACAAUGAGAUAGGUUUGCAUUCGUAAUAUAAUUGUAAGUUACGUUUAAUGCAAGUCUAAACUGAUUAUAUGAAGCCUGUAUUUAAAGCACAGAAAUAUCCAUUAAAAUUACAGAAAUAAAAGCAAUAAAAGACUUUUUCUGUAAA